UCUUAUGUUUGUUUUACAUUCACUUUCAGACGCGGUCGUUGGAAGCGAUCUUGAGUACUUAUUCAAAAUUGCGUCUUCUCUACAUCCUCGUAGCCUUCCUAGCCACCCAACACCGUUAUUCCACUAAUUAUUAUGGCUGACAAAACAGAUGUUGAUCAAGCGUUCGAUUUGGGAUUUUUGGAAGACUCGAUCGGUGAAAUCGACGAGAUCGAUGCGGUUUCUUCUCGUGUGAUUUCCUUCGAAGAAGACACAGAAAUUCCAACAAAAUACUUAGUGAGAAAGAUAUUUUCCCCUCAUUUAGAGCCCCCGUACCAUUAUCACCCAGCUGGCGAAAAGACACAUCGUCGAAAAAAGGUUAAGAGCACAUGGGGGCAAGAUGCUAGUGACGGUAGAUCCAGUUUUGCUAAACAGGAUGACAUCCUUGCACUUCUCACAUUUGCAUCAACAGAUGUCAGUGAAAUAAGUGCAAAAGCAGUCCAUAAAAUUACACAAGCUGUAUCGAAACUCAGUGGUGAUAAUAAGGCUGAGGCGAUUAGAAAGAAUGGUCUAGAGGUUAUUCUAAAGAUGCAUUCACUGGAACAAUAUGAAGCUUUGGGGAAAGCAUUUACUGAUGGGAAAAUAGAUGAUCUUUCAGGACUGAAGUUGUCCGAAAUUCAAGCCAUCAUGAUAGUGGACCCACCCCACUGCUAUAUUGAAUUGUCAUGUGACCAUCCAGAUGGUGCAAAGCUUCAGCGUGAGAUGUCCAGCCUUCUUGUCCCUUACUGCUCAAAGUUCCCUUUCCUCACCAUCCGCGAACCUCUACAAAAAGUCAACGGUUCCAGCCCCACAAACUCGCCUGCCAGCAAACAACGGCGACUGGCAGACAGCCACGACCAGCAGACAGUGCCAGCCAUUGGAAUCAUGCUAAUGUUUGCACAAACAGCAAAACGAAAUGCUGAUAAAGCCUUAAAGGCGAUGAGGGCUCAUCCCACAUUGAAGCAAGCGAAAUUGCCCAAAGAAAUAACUGAAGAAGAUGAGGUUCACUUCAAGCUCUCAAGUGAGUCAAAUGGGCUUCUUCUCUCAUUAAAACAAAGCUCUCCAUUUGCUGGCGUCCGCAUCACUGUCAUUGUUAACAAAAACCUUGAACAGGUAGAGCGGUUUUACUCACUUAUUACUGGUAAAACUCCAUUGGCUUAUAAUAAGAUAGAAGAAGGGCUGAGCUGUCGGACUUAUCCACUCUCUAGGAAGCUAGAGCUUCAGUUGGUCUCACAUCCCCAAGUGAAGUCACAUCAGGUGCAGCACAUUGCACUGUGCUUUGCUGUAGAAGACAUGAACCAAAUGUGCUCCGAGAUCCCUGGAGGAGUGCGUAAUAUCGGAGAGGGUCACUGGCAUGUGACUGACCCUGACGGAAACUCUGUUAUCUUAUACAGUCUUCUACAGUAGAUCUUAGACACUUUCUUAUAAAAGGGUUCUUACAUAAAACAUUGUGUAUGUGGGGCAUACAUGGCUACCAUCUGAAGGUAGCGAGGCUCCACCUGUUUGAGCCGACGACAAAAAGGUUGGAGGGUGCCAACUCUUAUUUCUAGGUGUACCUUAACAUAGAUAGAUCGGCCAAACCAUGUGUUUGUUGCCCCAUAAGUCCGUGCAGCCCUAUCCACCAAGACAGAUAAAGUUAUAAUAAAGUUGAAUAGCUAGUUUAUGAUAAAAA